AUGGCGGCUGUUUAUGUUAUUAUAAGUCAUAGGAAUCCCUUUCGACGAGAAAGAAUAUUUCGAGACAGAAAUGAUCCAAUGGAUUAUAUGGAUGAUCAUGAGAUUAUCUCAAAGUUUAGACUCCCUCGCCAUUUGAUUCAGGGUAUCUAUGGGGAGAUCGAAAACCAUACCAGAUGGCCUACAGGAAGAUCACACUCACUUCCACCAUCCCUCCAAGUCAUGGCUGCUUUACGGUUUUUAGCUACGGGGAGUUUCCAGACGGUUACUGCUGAAUUGCAUGGUAUAAGUAAAGCAAGCAUAUCAGGAAAUGUUAGGGAUGUGCCUGAAUCCUUAGUAAAAAUCAGUCCAAGAUAUAUAAAAAUGCCUACUGAUGAGACUGCAAUUACAAAUACUAUGUUCCAAUUCUCAAGAAUAAGUGGAUUUCCAAAUGUUAUUGGUGCGAUAGACGGAACACAUGUUGGAAUUAAGUCUCCGAGUUUUCGAGAAAAUGUCUCUAUGAACAGGAAAAAUUAUCAUUCAGUUAACACCAUGGCUGUGUGUGAUGCCAAUUUAAAGUUUCUCAAUGUAGUAGCAAAAUGGCCAGGGUCAUCACAUGACUCAUUUGUUUGGAACAAUUCUAAAAUUUGUCAAGUUUUAGAAAACAAGAUAAUAUCAAGAGGGUGGCUUUUAGGUCACAGUGGGUAUCCACUUAAACCAUAUUUACUCACACCUGUUCUAAACCCAACCACCGCUAAAGAAAAUGCCUACAAUAAUGCUCAUAUGAAAACAAGAAACGUCAUUGAGAGGUGUUUUGGUGUAUGGAAAAUGCGAUUUCGUUUUGUGGACACAUCAGGUGGUGCACUUCAGUUCUCACCUAAAAGAACCUGCAAUAAUAUAGUUCCAACUGCAGUUCUGCAUAAUAUAUGCAUUGACAAUAAAGUCCCAGACCCAGUUGGAAGGGCCGUUAUUAAUGACGGAACGACAAUGUGUAUCGUGGGACAUUGA